UAAACAGUAUUCUGCGUGUACACAUUCCUGAGCAAUAUGGUGAUGGGUGUUUACGAGUAUUUGCUUGUUUGUAUGAUUUUGAGUGUAGGCAGUGCGUUAACAGAAGAUUCGUGUCAUACUUAUGGCGGUGGAGAUGUGUAUCCACAAGAAAUUGGAAAUACUGUAGACCAUAAACUACAAUGGACUAAAGCUGUCAUUUCCAAACCUGCACCUGAGUGGGAAGGAACAGCGGUGAUAAAUGGAGAAUUUAAAGCAUUAAAACUUUCUGACUUUAAGGGGAAGUACCUUGUAUUUUUCUUUUACCCAUUAGACUUUACAUUUGUAUGUCCUACAGAGAUCUUAGCAUUCAAUGACAAUAUUGAGGAGUUUCGAAAAUUAAAUGCAGAGGUUGUAGCCUGCUCGGUGGAUUCCCCAUACACACAUCUUGCUUGGAUGAACCUUCCGAGAAAAGAAGGUGGUUUAGGAAAACUGAAAAUACCGUUACUGUCAGAUUUGACUCACAAGAUUGCAAGAGACUAUGGCGUGUACCUGGAAGAUUUAGGGCAUGCUUUAAGGGGCCUGUUCAUUAUUGACCCUAAAGGAAUUCUCAGGCAAAUAACGAUGAAUGAUCUCCCAGUGGGACGAAGUGUAGAGGAAGCCCUUAGACUGGUUCAAGCAUUCCAGUAUACAGACAAACAUGGAGAGGUUUGUCCAGCUGGCUGGAAACCUGGAGGAGACACGAUUGUGCCAGAUCCUGUACAAAAGGCAAAGUUCUUUAACAAACAGUAUAAGACUGACUUUUAAAUACAGCUAAAAGGUUCCAUUGAAGGAUGCAUAAGUUGCUUGGAACUGUUAGAUUUAAGAUGACAUAAUUGAGAUAAAGGGAUAAGAUAAAUGCCUUCACUAUCUUAUCUUUUGACAAGUUAAAUAUUUCACAUAAUUGGAAAUUUUGUAAUUCGGAAUCUUAUUCCAAUAAAUAACAUCACAUGACAUGACAAGAC